AUGUCGGCCGCGGAGAAGAAGCAGGAGGCGGACUUUAGCGCGGAUGUCGAGACGCUGAUCCCCGAGGCGCAGUCGUUGGCGGCGUCGAACCAGCUCAGCGCUGCGCUUGAAAAGGUGUUUGCACUCGAGAAGAAGGCGCGCAAUGCGGCGGACCUCAACUCGACAACGCGGCUGCUGCUGCUCGCGUGUCUGCUGGUGCGCAACACGCCGAGCCCACAACAGACCAACUGGGACCUGCUUGCCGAGACCGUCACGAGCCUGUCCAAGAAGCACGGCCAGCUCAAGAUGGCCACGACGCGCAUGGUGCAGCUCGUCAUGUGCUUUGUCUACCCCGCCGUCGACCCCGAGGAGGAGCGCAGGAGGGAGCAGGAGGUCAAGGACGAGGAGAUGAAGGACCUCGCAGCAGAAAAGGCGAAGAAGGAGCAGGAGAAGGCGGCAAAGAAGGAGAAGGAGGAGGGCAAGAAGGAGUCCAAGGAGGCCGUCGAGGCGCGCAGGCGCCAGGAGGCGCAGGAGGAGCGCGAGCGCGAAAAGGUGGGCGCGCAGAACGCCAAGGUGCUCGAACUCAUGGAUGCCGCCAAGCGCAUAGGCGACACGGGCGUCACCGAGGAGACGCGCAUGAAGAUCGUAGAGCUGCUGCGCACCGUGACGGAGGGCAAGAUCUUUGUCGAGGUGGAGCGCGCACGCAUCACGCUGCUGCUGUCCAAGAUGCUCUACACCAAGGGCAAGGUGUCCGAGGCGGCGGAUGCGCUGCAGGAGCUGGCGGUCGAGACGUUUGGCAGCAUGGACCGCCGCGAAAAGGUCGAGUUCAUCCUCGAGCAGAUGCGGCUCAACUACGAGCGCAGCGAUCUGGCCAAGAUGGCGAUUGUGGCCAAGAAGAUCAACACCAAGCUGUUUGACAAUGCCAAGCACGCCGACCUCAAGCUGCGCUACUACGGCAUGAUGAUCGAGUAUGCGCUGUGCGAGGACAAGUUCCUGGACAUCUGCAAGUACUACCGCGAGGUGCUUGCGACGCCGUCGGUGCAGGAGGACGAUGCGCGGCGCAAGGAGACGCUGCGCAACGUGGUCGUCUUCCUUGCGCUGGCCAAGUACGACAACGAGCAGAGCGAUCUCAUGGCGCGCAUCGAGGCGAUGGAGGAUCUGGACCAGGUUCCGGAGCACAAGAACCUGCUCAAGUGCUUCACGACGCCCGAGCUGAUGCGGUGGCCUGGGAUCGAGACGCUGUACGGGCCCAUGCUGCGCGAGACGGCGACAUUCAACGCCGCGACUCCGGCGGCCAAGUCGAACGCGGGUGCAGGGGCGGCGACGGUGCGCGAUGGCAACCACCGAUGGGAGCAGCUGCACAAGCGCGUGGUGGAGCACAACAUCCGCGUCAUUUCGCGCUACUACACGCGCAUCACGCUCGCGCGCCUCGCGCAGCUGCUCGACCUCUCGCCCGACCAGUCCGAACAGGCGCUCGCCGACCUCGUCAGCGGCGGCACCGUGUGGGCCAAGAUGGACCGUCCGCGUGGUCUGGUGACGUUUGAAAAGAGACGCACCAAUGCCGACGUGCUCAACGCGUGGUCGGCCGACAUGAGCAAGCUCAUGGACACGGUCGAAAAGGUCACCCACCUCGUCGAGAAGGAGUGGGCCAUCCACCGCGCCGGCAUCCGGUCCUAG